UCAUUGGCUGAAGUUACCGGAAGUGCCGCCUCAGGGGAACCCGACCGAUUGGGUAUAAAAGUCAGGCAAAUUAUUUCAUAGUCUAACUGCACGAACCGCUAUUGCAAUUGCGUAAAUGACCUUCCUGUCCCAAAGAAGAAUAUUCGCCGAGGAUGUCGACUUUACUUUCAUCAUCGUUCUUUUCACAUCCAGCCAGUAGCUUUCAAAACUACUUUCUCACGAACGUCGAGAACGAAAAGGUAAGCUUAUCAUUUACCGUUCGAAUUAUAACUCCUUCUAUUCGACAACAGUUGUUUUACUUGCUCUUCACACAAUCUUCUUUAGUUUAGCUAUAGUUAGAUUGCGUUGGCGUAUAAACAAAGAUUAAUUCAGACUAGAACAUGAGGUGCAUGCCCGCUUUGAUCUUAGCACCCUGUAGAUUUUUUGCGAUGUGACUCAUCAUUUCAUUACAACACAAUCGACAUAAAAGUCUUCAUUCGCCAGAUGCUCUUGAAAUUCAGCUUAUGACACUACGUUUCGUACGAUAACUCGUUGAUUCCUACGCGUAUCACUUUUCCGAGCUUGCGGUUUUUUCGUUUUAUUAUAAUCAUCGAUCGAACAACGAACCUCACUAUUUCGACGUCUGAUUGAUUUCAGAUCUCACUGUCUGAGUGCGUUUCGUGAAAUGAUUUUGACCUCCUUCGACCUCCAUGCCUACUGCCUAUUUUUCCAUGAAUACACAUACACAUCUGAUGGAAGUCAUAAUAAAGAUCUUGUCAGAUUCUCCGUGUUAAGAUUGUCAUUUCAUUGUUUUCAUACGCGUCAUGGCACUUAUGUACACGCCAAUUUACUUUUCACGGAACGAUCUCGGUUCAAAGUUUCAUUACAAUCAAGAGUACUUAGACUUAAUUCGCUAGACGCCUUCGGCUCGGUUUACUUUUAAGUAAAAUUUUUUGCAUUCCUUGCCCUUUAGGCUUGUACAAUUCUGCGUACAACUGUCAUUGAAUGUCACGUGGUUUAUCUUAGCCGCAGACAGAUACAACGGUCUUGUUCCUUUAAAGCCAUGUGAAAUGCCGAUAAAUCAUCUUGCUGUUGCACUUUCCUCUAAGAAUACCUUCCGCCGCGGUUGCCAACACAUGUUGCAGCUUGAACAAAUCGGUCUAAAAAUAGAUCCUAAACACACUGAGACAAAAAAAUUGAUGGAUAUAUUUACGAGGAGGGCCAAUUUGAAUGCUAUGCCUGUUACUAAUGUUUAAGACUUUUUAUCUUUCCUGAUAAUCUUGCGUGAGAAACCAUUAUAAUUCGCGGAAAUUGGCUCCUCUCGUCUGGGCGGUACUGCUAUAUUCCUCUAAUUCCCUCUUUUACCAUUAUUUGAUUUGCGAACUUUACAUAAAGAGGUUUUUCAAGUCCCGUUUCACCGGAAAUAUUUGUGCUUACAGAUCUCCUUAAGAAAAUAUCACGUUUUUUCGUUUCUAGAAUUUCUACAAAUCAGCCAAGGUUGAAGAUUAUGACCUAGACAUAUUGUCCGAGGAUUUCUACCAACAUCUCGACGAUCUCGACUCACCUUUGUACAUCGACGAGCAACAAGCUUGGUCUUUAGACGAUGAGGACGAGAUUUCAAGUCUUGCUGUGAGCUUACAGAACACGCUACUCCUUCAGAGGCAAAAGAAGAGACCAAAACGACCACCAGAGGGAUAUCUAUGUCACCUUUGCUUCUGCAAGGGUCAUUAUAUCAAAGACUGUCCUCAGGUUGGCAAAUUUUCAAUUAUAUUUUUACGUACGCUUUUAUAUCAAAAUUUAGAGAGUUCAGGUCAGAUUUUUUUUGUCAACAAAUCGACUUUUGUCUUGAGUUCACGGUUUGCCCUUGUAGCCGUUUGCUCUUAGAAUGCACUGAGUUUCCGGAUUAGACAAAGCGUUGAAUAAGCUUAUCUAUUUCUCUUUCUUUUAUAGUGUGUUAACUAUAAAUAGUCGUUCUUUGACUGGGAAGAUUUCUCAAGUUACUAUCUCCUUUCGUCAGUUGCUCGCAUCGGUUGUAUUCUGCUGGUAUAUCAGUGUAAUGUUUCGAGGUCCUUACUUUUUUUUCACUUUCAAUCUUUCAACAGUAGGUUUACUUACGAGUUUCUUUAUUUUACGAUACUUAUAAGUUUCUAUGAAGUUUUGAGUUAUAAGCAAUUUUAGUCAGAAAGUAUGAAAAGUGUGUUGAAAUGCAGCGGUGUCAACUGCACUGUCGCCAAACCUUACUCAUUGAUGAACUUUGCUUCUGUGUAAUCCUUUGUAAAAACAAUAUGUUUCCCAUUACAAAACUCAGCCUGACAAGCGAAAACAACAGUAGUUCUUCUGUAUAAGCCGAUUAAGUAGUCCACGGGGCAAAUUUCAAAUCAUAUCAAUUUGUUGUCAAACUCUACUUUGUCUGAGUUUAGUCGGCGAUAUCACGUGUCUUUUGAAGUUAUUAAUUACGUGAGACAUUCUCGUCUAGGUAUUCUGCAAUCUUUUAAGCGUAGCAUAAGUAUUUUUAGUUUAAAGUUUGUGGAGAGCGAAGGCUUUUCUUCUACGUCUUGGGUGGCAGUUUGGAGUUGUUGUUGUAAACUCCGACUUCGUCAUAGAAGAUGAAAUGCAUACCUUUGGUGAAAGAUCCUUUUUCAAAUUGACCUGGCGAUCAGUUCUUAGAAAUAGCUGAAUGUAUUCAUUUAACCUUUGGAACGAGUCAUUGAAUGUUUCUUUUCAAUUAUUUUCUGCAUUCUUUUCAAAGAACACAAAAAGCAGUUUAGUAGACUUUGUAAAAUGGCGCCGGAUACUUUUUUCAGAAAAGCCAGUUGCUGGUACUAUAUAUUCGCCGAGUACAGCGUAUGUUUAGUUUUGUAAACAAACAAACUUCCGAAAAGUGUUUUGCGAAGAUGAAAAUGAAGCAUUUCUGACGCAAUUCCUUAGAGAAUUUUAACACUUUGCGAAGUUUGAAGCUUGAUACGUCCAAACCACUGUAACUCGGCAGCUUUGAGUAUUUUUAAUUUUCACUUAUUUUGAGUUGUUAAAAUAGAUUAGACUGCUGUGAAAUGAAACCAUGCAUAUUUCCUUUUCCUGCGUGUAUAACGUUGCAUUCAUCAAAAUACAUUGUUUUGUCCGGCUCCUUGUGGCUUUCUCAGCUUGAAGUUGAAAAAACUAUGUGUAUCUGUGUGGCUUCUCCGUAAGAAAACUGUGUUUGGAUUAAAUAACAAUUUCCGUUGCGUUUUCGUAAGGUCAACGUUGAAUUCUCACGAGAGCAAUUCUUGGGAAGUCAAGCCUUGUUAACUCUUUGCAAGCGAAGGUGAUUUCAUACUUUAUAAUUCCAGGCGGUUGAAAGAAUUUCUUUUUUUGGCUUUGUUAAGUCGGAAUAUAUUGUUCUUUUUGGGUGAAAAUAUCUUAUGAGUCUUAGUUGGAAGCUUGCUAAAGUAUGAUGCAAACCCUAAAGUGAUGUCGUUGUUAAUUCGACUCUGAAGUAUUCUAACUUCAAUCUUCGUUAUCCGGCGACAGUCAAUUCAGUUAUAUGGGCUUACUAUAUGGGCGCUCUUUUUGCAGCUCAAAUUUACUAAACAGUAAACCAGCUUCUCAGAACUUUUGAAAUUAUUGGAGUAUACAUAGCAAGACUAAACUGACCGGUCACUUUGACUUGAUGAUAUAUGGGAGCAUAAAUGCCACAUUCAUACGGUUUUUUUCUGAAUGGAAAACCCAUCAAAUUUUCAGUGCAGUUCUGGAUGUUUUGUUCUUGUCAACUUUUCUGUCGUUGUAAACACUGAAAGAUCCAGCAAACUAACCUUUGAGUUUCACGAUCAUUUCGUCUCGUUAUCAUUUACAAAUAACAUAUAUCAAGCCUUAAAUUCUUAGGUAAAUUUCAUCGUUGUUACACAGGUCUAUUUUUCUUACAUCUGGAGACGUACAAUAUUUGACUCUCGUAAAACGUAACGAUGCUUGGAAUUUUAAUCUAAUGGUGGUGUUUUGCAAUUUGUUACUUCUACCUAAACAAAAGUGAAAGAAAUUAAAACAAGCUUUUCAGAAGUCUAACUUCAAAGACAACGUUUUGCGGAUGUUACACUUGUUUUAUUUCCCCUCCUUGAUUUAGGACUACAUAACUUUUUGGAUUUGAUGACAAGCGGGCGUUUAAACACAAAACGUAAUCAGUAACACUUGGAAACAUGAAGGUGUAUUCUCCAGAUAUUAAAUUGUUCAAAAAUUGUUUACGUUUCUGAAUGAAAUUAGAGAAAAGCCAAAAAGGAAAUAGCACAAUGAAUUCCAUCUGUAUUUUCUGUCAUAAUAUUUGUUUUGGUUCGUUCCACUAAAUGGCAAAAAAUGAACUUCGUUAAAGUAAUUAUCGUUUCCUUUAACGUGAUUAUGUUGUUCUCAGUAACCCUGAAAGCAGCAAGGGCACUGUAACUAAAGCAGAUUGCCGGUUCACGCAUAAGAGUGAUUUCAUAUAAAUUUACAAAUGUAGGAAUGAUAUCAAAACAUGUCAAGUCGUGAAUAGAUUUGUUGUAUAAUGCAGCACAACUCUUCGGAGUAUUCAGAUAAGCGUCAACUCUAUCAUUUUGCCUAUUGGUUUAAUUUUUCAAAAUCUCUUUUAAAAAAAUUUCAGGCUAGACCAAAGGGAGAGGGCCUCACUCCAUACCAAGGGAAGAAACGAUGUUUUGGAGAAUUCAAAUGUCCUCUGUGCAAGCGAAAGUGGAUGAGUGGUAACAGCUGGGCGAAUACUGGGCAACAGUGUAUUAAGUGCUACAUAAAUGUGUAUCCGCAUAAGCAAAGACCGCUGGACAAGCCUGACGGUCUCGACGUAUCCGAUCAGACCAAGGAACAUCCUCAAGAUCUCUGUGAAAAAUGCAAGGGCCUCGGUUACUAUUGUCGCCGGGCUCAACAGAGUUAAGAAAAUUAGACCCUCUUAGUGAUGCCUAAGUUCAAGGAACACUGGCAAACUCGGCAAUUUUGGAUUUACUCAGGGGUGGGGGUAGGUAGUAUUUUGAAAACGAGUGAUUUUGAUAGCCUUUUUAGAUUGUCUUCUGUGAAGACCACAUCACCAGCUGCCAUGUAGCUGUGAUUAUCUCUGAUGAACCGGGAGUAUUACAUCAUUUGAUGUGAUCUCUCUGUUCUCAUUGAAAUCAUACGCGCCUUAAUUUUGAAAAUAUUGUCGACAUCUACUCCACUUGAAAGGGAGACCAAAUUGCAGUAAAUGAGAUCCUUUUUUAACUUAUCUAAAUCAUUGUAAAUUAUUUCGCUUGCUUGGUUUGAACUGGGACGAAGUCUUACUCUAUAGUACUGUUUACACAUACUUAUUUUAUGGUCGCGAAGAGUUUUGUACAAUGUCGUCAGAAUACAGUAUUUUAAUAAGGAAAAUAGUUAGAUAAAGAAAAAAAUUCUAUUUAGUGUUCUACUUUACGACGCGUCAGAUUUAGGUUUUUUUUUUUGGCUGGCCGAGUGAACGUUUGACAUGUUCCAAUCAAACACAAAAUCG